GUAAAUUAACAUGGCCCAAAUGAACCGCCCAGCUCCUGUGGAAGUCACAUACAAGAACAUGAGAUUUCUUAUUACACAUAAUCCAACAAAUGCAACAUUAAACAAAUUUAUUGAGGAACUUAAGAAAUAUGGAGUUACCACGAUAGUAAGAGUAUGUGAAGCAGCUUAUGACACUACUCUUGUGGAGAAAGAAGGAAUCCAUGUUCUCGAUUGGCCUUUUGAUGAUGGUGCACCACCGUCCAACCAGAUUGUUGACGACUGGUUAAGUCUUGUAAAAAUUAAGUUUCGUGAAGAACCUGGUUGUUGUAUUGCUGUUCACUGUGUUGCAGGGCUUGGGAGAGUUCCAGUGCUUGUCGCCCUAGCAUUAAUUGAAGGUGGAAUGAAAUAUGAAGAUGCAGUACAGUUCAUAAGACAAAAGCUUUUAACAGCAAACAACUUUUGUAUUUGGAAAAAUAUCGUCCUAAGAUGCGGCUGCGCUUCAAAGACUCCAAUGGUCAUAGAAACAACUGUUGCAUUCAAUAAAACUGGGGUGCCUAAUGCUAUUGCUUUGGAAGAAGAACUUGAGACAGGAUCUAAUUUGUCAUACAUAUUAGCCAACAUGUUGGCUUGGUGAAUAAGUUUAGUGAAGCUUCCAAAGGGUAUUGAAAAUUAGUUUUACCAGGCCACGAGUUUGACAGAAUUGCAACCUCUAUCUUUGGGUUAUAACCAACUUAUUUGGACAUUUAGCAAAAGAUUGUUGCUGUUUAGUAUUUAAA